GAAAGAUGGUGAAGCUCUUCUGCGCGAUCGUUGGUGCGGCGGGCAGUGCGUUCGAGGUGGAUAUCGACGAGGGUGCAUCGGUUUCCGCGUUGAAGGACGCGAUCAAGGCGAAGAACCCGGCGACUAUCACGUGCGACGCCAACGACCUGCAGCUCUUCCUGGCGAAGAAAGACGAGGGCCGCGGCGCGUGGCUGCCAGACGACGACCAAGCUGCGCUGGAUCUGGAGGACGGAAAGAUUCACGAGGACAUUCAAGCGUUGAUCGAUGGAGAGAAGAUGAAGGCGACGAAGACUUUGCAGCACUGGUUGUUCGAGAAGAACGAGAUGCCUCCACCCUCUACCGAUCAGAUCCACGUGCUGGUGGUGGUUCCGGGUCAUGUUCGCGUUGACAUGGAGCAGGAUUCAGACGGUGGAUCAUCAACGCUCAAUGCGUCGUACCUGCCAUAUUGGCGGUCAUUACACUCAUUGUUGUGGCCUAUGGAGAGAAUCCAACCGACGAAAAAGGAUGUUUAACAGUUCCUGGCCGCUCGCUGUUCAUGUGUCAGAUGAUUGGUGUUGAUAUUGUGAUGGGGCCGAUUCUGUCAUAUUCGCAACAUUGGAAAUCGAAGCUUGACAACAUGAUCGAGGAAGCGAAGGACGAGACACCGUUAAAAGCCCAGCGACAAGAAAUGACCGACCUGACUUUUGCUGCUGAAGCCCAGCAUCAAGAAUUGACCGAGCACACUUCGCUGCUUCCUGCUACUGAAGCUCAGCGACAACCUCAACAACAACAACCCACACAGAGCACAAAGAGAAACAGAGGAAGAGGAAAGAGGAAAUGAAUAAUUUAAUGGAAGCAUGGUGUCUUC